AUUAUAUAGAAUCACUAGAUUCAUAAGGAAUUAUAUGAUUUAUAAUUCAGCUUAUAUUGAAAAUUUGCUAUAAAAAUGUAAAUAAUAUAAAAAUACUUGUCAAUUUUUUGAAAAUAACUUAAAUAUAAGUGUAUGCCUUUACUAAAAAAACAACCAUUUGUUAAAAAAGGAAUUCCUCUUGAUCUUAAAGAAGAUGAAGAAGUAUUUUUUUGUCCCUUGACUCAAGAAAUAUUUAGAGAUUAUGAAGAAUUUUUUGAGAGAAUUAUUGUUUGUAACAGCCUUGUUUGGACUUGUUCAAUAUCUGGAAGAUUUGGGCUCACUUAUCAUGAGGCAUUAGAGUCAGAACAAAAGGCUUUAAAAUGUCUUGAAAGCUUCCCUGAAAGUUUGCAAAAACCAAUAUUAUACCUUGCUUCCUUAACCCAACGUGGAACACUCAAUGAUAUGUGUGAUGAUGUAUUUAUAUUUGCUAGAGACCGAUAUUUUGUUGAUGAAACAGUUCACAUUACUAUAAAUGGACAAAAAAAAAUAUGUCAUAUAGUUAAAGUUAUACCUCCUUCAAAAGAGGAAAUCAGCAAAAGUUUAAAAAAUUCAUUUACAUCAAAUCCCAAUGAAAUGAUUGAUCCAAAUAAACAAUUCCAUCCUCUUGCAAAUUUGUAUAAAUACCUAGUCAAAGAAAUGAAUGCUCCAAAUACUAAAAGUUUAAUUGUUAAGGCACAUAGUAUUUGUAGACAAAAAGGCUUAUAUACAAGAGUCAAAAAUAAAUUAUUUCUCAAACAACAUACUACACUUGAGAAAAGGACAAGAGUUGUUAAAGAGGAAUGGGUUAAAAAAUAUAAUCUCAACAAUUUAGAAUUUUCAAAUAUAUUCACCACAGAACUUCCAGAGUUUAGUAAUACUCCAUCAAAAAAAUUAUAUACCUUAGAUUCUACAGAAUCCAAAGGGGAUAUUGAUUCUUCUAGGAAUGCGAAUACAAAGGUUUCUAAUAAAUCGACGCUGUUAGUGUCUUAUGAACAUAACAAUAAUGAAAUUACAAAAAGAAAAUUAAGCCCCGAAGAAGAAGCUGAUAAUCAGAGACUUUUGGAUAUGGAACAAAGAAAGGUUGAACGUGAACAAAAAAGAGAAGAAGUUAAAGCUAAGGCUGAAUAUCUCAAGGCCUGGAAUAAGCCACGGGAUGAUUUAGAAUGCGACGACCUUAAACCAUUACCCCCUUCUUCAAAAAUUCCCACCUAUCUCACUGGUCAAUGCUUUGCCGAUGCAUUAGUGGUUUUAGAAUUUAUAGCUUCAUUUGGGGAAUUGUUAGACGUUAAAGAUAAUUUUCCUGAUGGGCUAUCUUUUGAUCAAAUAGAAAGAGCGCUUUUGUCCGACGAAUCUAAUGGGCCCUAUUUUGAACUUUUACAAUUUUUCCUCUCUUCCAUAUUCCAUUUACAAUCAGAAGAAGAGCAUCCUAACGAAUUUCAAAAUGAAUCAGAAGAAAUGACCGAGGAACUAAAAAAUCAAAACGAGCUAGUGAGAAAAGCUACCCUCAGUUCCAACCUUGCUAAAAUAAGAUACGGUCUUACUCUAAAAGAAUUAUUGAGACUCGAUAGCAAUGCCCAUAACAUGAGCGAGAUAUUGAGACUACACUUGUUGGCAUCUGGAGGAUUGGGUCACCACAAAAACGCCCUCUACAGGUAUCAACAAAGAGGAGCUUAUAUACCUAAAGAUGAUCCUGGGCUCGAGCUUAAACUGAUAGAUCCUGUUUUAGUCAAACAUCUUUCAACCACUUUUGUAUUUGAGUUGACACCGGAACAAAAGGGAAAAAUUUUGUGUACCUUGAUUAGCCAGCUUCUGACCUUCGUAACCCUUAGAGAAUAUAUUGAAGAGAACUUGGAAAAAGUUAGGAACGUCAAAAUUGAUAUCAGGACUCAUAACUCUUUAGUCAACCAAAAUAAUAGCCCUAAUUUAGUCAAUGACGAAUCAUGUGUUGGCGCAUUAGAGGGAAUCGUGAAUGUUACUAAUGAGACUUUGGAGAGUGACAAAAAUAAUUCAUCCCUCCCAAUGAGCAAAGAAGAAUUGUACAACAAGCUAGACUUUCACCAGACGAGAGGUGCACUUUUUCCUUUGGGUAGAGAUCGCAGCUAUAAAAGGUUUUGGAUUCUCAACGUCUUACCAGGCCUCUAUAUCGAAGAUUUUGAACUAGAACCAGGGGAAUGUGUUACAUACUCACCAACGCCCUUGUACUUCCCAUCAAAAGACGUCGAUGGUUUUAAUGAAUCACUAAUCCAAAACGAUAAAGAAGAAAAAUGUGAUAUCAAAGUUAAGCCAGAAUAUGUGAUGGACAAUGGACUGGGAUUCGAUAUAAAUAAAUUUAUGAAUCAUUUGUUGGUUAGAGUUGAUCAGAAUGUUAAUAAUAUAAUCGACCAGGAUAGAUGCUUGCCAUAUAUGGUUAUUAAUCGAAAGUUGGAUAUUUUGGAAGAAUUAAAGUCUAACAUAAACAAUAACUACACAUAUAGCAGUGACAAUAAAUCUCGAAUUAUUACCAAGGAAGAACCUCUCGAUGAAGACCUGCUUAGGUUGGAACGUAUAUUGUGCACAGGUUUCAAAGCUGUCUGCCCUGUGCAUUCAACCAGCGAAAUAAGAGAACGGCUUCAAAAAUCUCGCUCUGUUCCUCUUUGGAGCUCUUCAAAUGAUAAUGCAAGGUCUAUUUGGUCGGUUUUCAGCGAUCAUGACGCUUACUCAUCCUUGCUUAAUUGCCUUAACAAACGCGGUUUUCGAGAAAAAUAUCUGAGAGCCAUCUUGUUAGAACGGAAACUCAAGGUUACUGCUUCCAUUUCUAAAUGUGACGAAACAUUUUUGAUAAGAAAGGGAGCUAUACCUACUUACGAUCAUCUCGAUAACAAAAAUGAUUAUAUCGGAAACAUAGGCAGAGAGGCAGAAAUAGAAUUUCGGGAUUCUUUAUUGGAUCUCGAAGAAAGAGUGUUUACCAGUGGUCUAGGCCAUAUAUAUGUUACGAAUAGAAAUACAUGGAGAAUAGCUUUAGAGGAAGAUAAAUAUGACGAUGAGAUAUUUAAUGAAGUGCAAGAUGUUUCCGAUUAUGAUGAGUCAUUUAAAUACGAAAUCGAAAAUCCUAUCGAAGUGGAUGAGAAUCAUAAAUUAAAAUGUUUUGCUAACUGCCUUCUUCAAAUAUCCAAGGGAAUAGACACCAGAUUUCUUCAAUGCCCUUUGGGGGAAGAUGAAAAAACAAAACAAAAUAGGGUGAAAAACGUUCUUGAUGCCAAUGCUAAAAAUGAAGCCAAUGUUUUUACUCAAGUAAACGAUACUAAACUAGACUCAUCUAUCUUUAAUAUCAAAGAACAAACCCUUUUAAUACCCCCGAUGACUCAAUUCCACAGGAAAUGGGAACACUCUCUGCAUCAACGAUUCCAAAAUUUAUCUCAACUAUUUUUGCAUUUAAUGGUGCUCGACAAAAGCAUAACAUGGUCUAAAUCUCUCCUUAAAGUCAGAUGCAAGAUUUGUCGCAAGAAAAAUAACCCUGAGCAGCUACUUUUAUGUGACGGUUGUAACAAAGGUCAUCACACCUACUGUGUCAAACCAAAAAUCAAAAAAAUUCCAGAUGGUGACUGGUUCUGCCCUUCUUGCAAAAAAUCCCUUUUACCAUCAACAAACAAAAAAAUCAGGCAAUACAAUCAUAUUAUGACCACAAACCAAUCCUCAAAUUACGAAUUAGUCGACGACAAUAGCGACGCUUCUAGUACUUUAACCAACAAUACUCAAUUCACGCCUCAUUACAAUAGUGAAGAUGACAAUUAUAAAAAAAAUCUCGUGACCCUUAAAAAGAAUAACCUUAACACCGUGGCUGCCAAUUAUCCAUUCUAUUGUUGUAUAUGUGGUGGCGAUGAAAAUUUGACCCAAUGUUAUAAAUGCCCCACAUUAGUUCAUCAUCCUCAGUGCUCUGUUUCAAUAGACGCUAAAAACAUAAAUAAAGAUACUUUCUUAUGCCAUAAAUGUAGCAUAGACAAAGAUAGUAUGCUAUCAAAAUCAUCCUUCGAAGAAAUGGAUAUAGGAAUACUAUCUAAUCAAAGUUCCUCCCAAAUUUCCUUGAAUGAUGCGUCCGAUACCACUUUUUCUAUCACUCAGACCACCAAUAACUUAGUCCUGAAUAAAAGGGGCAGAGGUAGGGGGAGGGGGAGAAGCAACCUUAAAAGAGGCGCGUCUGGCGAUAUAGCAAACCAAAAAAACCUUAGGGGCGGUAUGAGUAGGGCCAAAAUUACGCCAUCCCCAAGACGACUUUUAAAAUCUUCAAAUGCUGCAUCACCUGAUAGCUCCGCGACACUUACUAAUAAUGUAAAUCCUAUCGACUAUAACGAUAUUGCUAGUACCCAUUAUCAUGAACAUGAACUCAAUGCCUUCUACAGUAGAUCUGGUCGUAAAAUAAAACGUACAUCAAAAUACGAGGAUUCUAUACAAGAUCUGAUCAGUAUAGAAGAUCCACAACAACUCCUUCAAAUGCCACAAACUUUAUCAAAUUCUGCUAACUUUCAUCACACAAAUACAGUAAAUUUAUCCAGUGGCAAAAGGGGUCGUAAGAGAAAAUCAAUUAACGAUACCUCUGAGAAUCCUCUAAUUAAUAAUAAAACCCCUAACCUACCUGAUUUUAAUGUUCAAGAUACGCUUAGAAAACCUUCCAUCGUAAUUAACUCCAUAUCAUCGUUUCAGCUGAUAAAUUCAUGUGAAACCCAGCACACACCCUCUGAUAAUUCUCAAUCUCGCCUUAUUCAAAAUACUGAAUUUAAAGUCGUUAACGGCAUGAAUGAUGAAGAUGUAAGCGAUAAUGGAGAAGACUUGAAUGACGAAUCUGAUAAACUUGAAAAUCGUGACUCGGCUAGCAAUGUUAACAGUAAUUCCUCGACAUUUUCUCGAUCACAAACCAAUGGAUUUAAUCGAGAACAAAAACAUAGAGAAGAAAUCAUUCAAUCAUUAAAAAAACAUCCUGAUAGUUGGCCUUUUCUCAAACCCGUUAGCAAAAUUAAAGUUCCCGAUUACUAUGUCAUAAUCAAGAAGCCCAUGGACCUGGGAACUCUCAAAUCCAGAGUGGAUAGCAUUUAUUACCAAGAUAUGGCAUCUUUCUUAUCCGAUUUGCGGCUAGUAUUUACGAAUUCCUGGCUUUACAAUAGCGAAGAUGCCCCUGAAUACAAAGCGGCUUUAGGAUUGGAAAAAUUUCUGAAAUAUCAUCUCAAAUGUUUAUGUCUUAUUCAACAUUACCCUUCUUCUGAAUCAGACAUCCACCGAAAUGCCACGGAUAAUUUGAAAGAAAAGAUAGAAGAUUCAUCAUUGAUUAAUGGGAAUUUAUGAUGAGUGCAUAGUUGUGUUUUUUUUGGCUUAAGAGUUAAUGAUAAAUAAUUAUAUCGUAAAAUGUUGAUAAAUAUUUGUUUCAUAUUUGCAAUCAUUAUAGUAAAUAUAUAUUUAAAGAUAAAUUGUCAUCAUAUUGAAUUACGUUUCAAAAGAAUAGUGUUUAAGCACACGUAUUAUUAAUAUUUCAAUUUUUAAAAUACUAUUAUAAUUUUUUUUAUUUUUAAAUCUAAAAUAAAAGGUUUCAAUGCA